AUGGCUCGGGUGGGCCAGCGCAGUGCGCUUGUGAGGGUGUUGUGCCUGCUGCUGGCAAUCAGAGGCAUUGGCUUCAUAGCCUGGCCCACGCACCAGAAGAGGAGACCUGGGCUGCAGGGGCGACCUGCGCUACAGGAUCUCACCGUGGAUGCAGUCUCUGAACUGAAGGUUGGUCGGCUUCGGGAGGAGCUGCGGGCGGCUGGCUUGGACGACACUGGGAUCCGCUCCGCACUGGUGCAGCGCCUUGUUGCCGCCGUGGAGGCCGCAGCCAGCACCGUCGAGACUGCAGAGGAGAGAAGGCAGCAAAGCCCUGCGCCUUUUGCUCCAGGAGGCGACUUGGAGGGGCCGUCGGUGCGGUUUCUGGUUAAUGCCACCGUUGGCCGCAUGGCACGCGUCGUGGAGGGCUCGACCUCCGAUGCCCUCCUCGUGGUCGGGGACUUCACAGGCAGGGCGGCGGGGCUGGACAAGCAAAGCGGCGCCGUGCUCUGGACGUCCAGUACGGGCCUGGACUCCGUGUCCCACGUGGCUGCAGUUGGGAGUGACCCUCCAGUUGUGCUCUGCGCGAGCGGAUGGACGGGAAACGUCUCGGCUUUUGCCUCAAACGUCCUGAAGUGGUCUCGUGACGCGAGCGUCGGCGAGUACGCACGCGUGGCUCAGUCGACUCCCCACCAGCUGGCCUUGUUUGCGGGUGGUGGAAGUGUCACGAACUUGGUAGGAGUCGAUGUGGCAAGUGGCGAUAUACGCUACUGUGUUGACACCGGCAUCGGCGCAGUCUGGAGCCUUGGUGCCUCCGGGGAGCCUUUGCGUGUCCUCUGCGGAGGGAGUUGGACGAGGCCGGAGCAUACGGCAGAAGUCGCAGGUUUCGAUGCAAUGUCCGGGGAGAAGCUGUUUGCCUUAGACCCGGGCGUCGGAAGAUACAUUGUCUCCACGGCGUUGCGGGACGGAGGGACCGCCUUUGUCAGUGGGGAGAACGGAAACGUGGUGGCUCUUGACACUGCCACAGGAGAGGUCAAGUUCCGAUCGGAUUCCAUGGUGGAGGAGGUUUGGAGCCUUGAGGUCGCUGCAGACUUGGGCUCAGGCGGUUGGUCUGAGAAGGUGUCAGCGCUAGAUAUGCACACGGGCGAGCUCCGAUGGGGCCCGGUUAAUGCCACGAUUGGGAAGGUCUUCAGCUUCCAGCUGGCCGACUCCCUGCUGCUAUGUGGUGGCGCAGAUGGGCUUCUCGCCGGGAUUGACCCAGGCUCUGGAGACCUGCGCUUCACUUUGGACGUCAGCAUCGGUGAGAUCUGGAGCUUGGCCUACGAUCCCGAGUCCAGGACGCUCUUCUGCGGCGGAAACAACGAAUCGGUUGCAGCCGUCCAGCUGUGA